AUGAAGGUAACAAUUCUUCCAAAUCUCGAAGCCGACGAGAUAUCAGCCAUCGAAGCCCUCCUCAUGCUUGCUUCCGGCGUCGGCAGAGACUCUUCACCACCACCGUCGUCCGAUUCCACCGCCCCGACGACGACCAGAGUAAUUGCCUCCAAUCCGAACAAGAAGAUUCAUCACGAGUGUUCCAUCUGCCACAAGGGUUUCUCCACCGGCCAAGCCCUCGGCGGCCACAUGACCUCUCACCGCAACAAGAAGAUCAAGAAGUCCUCACACGGCGGCAGCCGCCCCUGCAACGCUGCCGCCGCCCCAAUACCCAUCUUGACCAACAAGAAUAUCCCUAAGUGCGGCCAAAAGAGGAAACACGUCGACAACGACGAAGAAGUAAUAUUAAUAAUAAAGGGGAGCGGCGAUUCUAAUUAUAAAGAUGAUUAUUCCCGGCCAUCUCCCACCGAUGAAUCCGCUCGCCACGUCAGGCUAAAUAUUGAUUUAAAUCUCCCACCGGCGCCUGAGUUUUUUUAA